CUACUAACAUUUUCCACAGAAAAUACGUCUCACCAUGUCUCAGAGCAACGGGUUUCAGGACUGUAUGGACACGGGAGAGGCGAUGGUCCAAAUACUGAAAAGCAGCAAAGCUGACGAUAAAUUAAGAAUAGUGAGAGAAAAACAGCAGUGUUUCUUUGAGCAACACUGGGACACGAAGAAAACCAUCACACAGAUGUUAAACGGUAAGGGAAAAUAAUCAAAUUGUAGAUCUUGUCAUAUGAUAACAUACUUUAUUUCCAUGCUGUCAAAAUAUUUGUCCCAAGCCUAAUCUUUAUCGCCAUUGUCCUCAGAUGUAGUUCAGUGUGAGGACAAGGCGAGCAAGAAGCUGCUGGACAUGGAGGAGCAGAAGAGCCGAGCCAGGUAGAGCGGGAGCUGGACAGCCUGGAGCAGGAGCUGCAGCAGUGUACAGCAAAAAGCCAGGACAUGGACACAGAACUACAGUAUCCUUCACCCAGUCAUGCUGUCUCUACACAGAACAAGUCCUUCAUGUACUGCAAUUGGUGCUCUCAAAAGCGCACAUGAAUGCUGUGUUACCCAGAUAAUACAUAUAGGGAGCAGUCCCAUUCUACCUUGAGGUUGUCUAUAGCAGCAGGCUGACCAGGCUGCCAUCCAUUGUUGAAAGUAUUUUGAGUUUUCAGUUUAUAUGCCAUACAGUGAGUACGUUUACAUGCACACUAAUAAUUUAUGAUUAUGGCAGUAGGCCGAGUAUGGCAAUAGUCAUGUUAACACCUUACUCUGCUUAUCUUAUUCGGCGUAAGGUGAAAAUUGAAGUAAGCAUACGCCGAUUAACCUGCAAAAGUCUAAGCCGUUGGAGGGGGCUCUAAGCUAACAUAUGGAAUUAUUGUAAGAUCAUUUAGCUAUUUGAUUUAGAAUUUUAGGACCCCUUUAGGUAUCCCCAAAAAUUAAAAAUACAUAUUUGAUCAAAUAUUGAAUUUGGCCUUUACUACUAUAGCCCACAGAAACGCAUUGAAUAACGCAUUCAUAAAUGGCAAAAAAGACAGUCAAAAAAUAAAUCAUAAGGAUUGGAAAUAAGGUUUGGAAGUGUCUGUCCUAUAUCUAGGAGAUAUAAGAAAGCUCAGGAAAUAUUGUUGUUUUAUUGGACACAUAUUUAACCCCUUAUUUUUGUUGGCACAAAACUACCUCCAUACUUCCAUUUGUUUAUAUGGGUUACCUUCAGAAGAGCAAAACGGUGAACACCAUCGUGAGAGUCUCCCCUUUCCAUAGUGGGGUCAUAUUAGUUCGUUUGAUUGAGAUGCAGCCCAUGCUUAAACUGACGGGUUUUGAUGGGGAUUUUUUUAUUAUGUUACUUAGCUUGACGCACAGGUGCAUCUAUAGACCCUUAUUAAAACACCUGGUUUUAUGAGCAAUCUUUCGAAUUAUAAGGACAUUUAAACAGGCGAUCCACAGGUGAAUUUUAUCUGCGCAUGUGCCAGCAGAGCAAGCCUCCUUUAUGCAUGAGUUAAGUGAGUUCGGAAAAACUGAAAGUUCAGUGGGGGAAAAAAGUAUUUAGUCAGCCACCAAUUGUGCAAGUUCUCCCACUUAAAAAGAUGAGAGGCCUGUAAUUCUCAUCAUAGGUACACGUCAAUUAUGACAGACAAAAUGAGAUUUUUUUUCUCCAGAAAAUGACAUUGUAGGAUUUUUUAUGAAUUUAUUUGCAAAUUAUGGUGGAAAAUAAGUACAGUGGGGAGAACAAGUAUUUGAUACACUGCCGAUUUUGCAGGUUUUCCUACUUACAAAGCAUGUAGAGGUCUGUAAUUUUUAUCAUAGGUACACUUCAACUGUGAGAGAUGGAAUCUAAAACAAAAAUCCAGAAAAUCACAUUGUAUGAUUUUAAAGUUAUUAAUAUUUGGUACAGAAACCUUUGUUUGCAAUUACAGAGAUCAUACGUUUCCUGUAGAUCUUGACCAGGUUUGCACACACUGCAGCAGGGAUUUUGGCCCACUCCUCCAUACAGACCUUCUCUUCUCCAGUUUCGGGGCUGUCGCUGGGCAAUACGGACUUUCAGCUCCCUCCAAAAAUGUUCUAUUGGGUUCAGGUCUGGAGACUGGCUAGGCCACUCCAGGACCUUGAGAUGCUUCUUACGGAGCCACUCCUUAGUUGCCCUGGCUGUGUGUUUCGGGUCAUUGUCAUGCUGGAAGACCCAGCCACGACCCAUCUUCAAUGCUCUUACUGAGGGAAGGAGGUUGUUGGCCAAGAUCUCGCGAUACAUGGCCCCAUCCAUCCUCCCCUCAAUACGGUGCAGUCGUCCUGUACCCUUUGCAGAAAAGCAUCCCCAAAGAAUGAUGUUUCCACCUCCAUGCUUCACGGUUGGGAUGGUGUUCUUUGGAUGCAACUCAGCAUUCUUUGUCCUCCAAACACGACGAGUUGAGUUUUUACCAAAAAGUUAUAUUUUGGUUUCAUCUGACCAUAUGACAUUCUCCCAAUCCUCUUCUGGAUCAUCCAAAUGCACUCUAGCAAACUUCAGACGGGCCUGGACAUGUACUGGCUUAAGCAGGGGGACACGUCUGGCAUUGCAGGAUUUGAGUCCCUGGCGGCAUAGUGUGUUACUGAUGGUAGGCUUUGUUACUUUGUUCCCAGCUCUCUGCAGGUCAUUCACUAGGUCCCCCCGUGUGGUUCUGGGAUUUUUGCUCACCGUUCUUGUGGUCAUUUUGACCCCACGGGGUGAGAUCUUGCGUGGAGCCCCAGAUGGAGGGAGAUUAUCAGUGGUCUUUCCUAGUAAUUGCUCCCACAGUUGAUUUCUUCAAACCAAGCUGCUUACCUAUUGCAGAUUUAGUCUUCCCAGCCUGGUGCAGGUCUACAAUUUUGUUUCUGGUGUCCUUUGACAGCUCUUUGGUCUUGGCCAUAGUGGAGUUUGGAGUGUGACUGUUUGAGGUUGUGGACAGGUGUCUUUUAUACUGAUAACAAGUUCAAACAGGUGCCAUUAAUACAGGUAACGAGUGGAGGACAGAGGAGCCUCUUAAAGAAGAAGUUACAGGUCUGUGAGAGCCAGAAAUCUUGCUUGUUUGUAGGUGACCAAAUACUUAUUUUCCACCAUAAUUUGCAAAUAAAUUCAUAAAAAAUCCUACAAUGUGAUUUUCUGGAUUUUCUUUUCUCAAUUUGUCUGUCAUAGUUGACGUGUACCUAUGAUGAAAAUUACAGGCCUCUCUCAUCUUUUUAAGUGGGAGAACUUGCACAAUUGGUGGCUGACUAAAUACUUUUUUCCCCCCACUGUAUGCAUCUUAGAAAUAGUUUUCACAUACAAACUUUAUUUCCCAGCUCAGAAUCAAAUACGUUUCCCAAAAAUCAUUUUGUCGCUAUGGUAGAAUGUUUAUUUAGAAAUGCGAUUUUCUCCAUUUAUCAAAGUCCCAUCAGGUAGCCUGUGUAGAUGAGUCCAUGUAAACAGGAUUAUUAUGGAAAUCGUUCUUCUUGCAAAGCAUGUAAACAUUUAAAUUGAACUAUUAUAUUAACUGGACCAUUCACAAUAAUCAUAUUAUUGUGUGCAUGUAACCGUAGUGACUAUCUGAGAAGAGAUGUUGACUGAUUGAUUUGAUUUGUGUCAGUCAUAUGCUAUUGUUGAUUGUAUAAAACUCCACUAUUUUAGGAGGCUAGGAUUUCUGUGGGAGAUUCUCAAUUGGGAAAAGUCUGUCUUCUCCUCGACGACUCCGUCCUCCUCUCUUCCGUGACCUGGAAACCAAUAAGUGAUCGAGUCAGUGGUCUAGGAGAGUUUCAUUUUGUUGUUAGGCGAACGGAGGAGUAUGCUCACCUCCUCGAUUACCUACUUCGGCAGAGGAUGCACAAGAGUAUCAUCCCGAUGACUAGCGAGGAAGGGUGUUAAAAUCUGCCACAACCCCUUUGAAUCAGCUGUUUUCUCGAAAGAGAAAUGCAUGCACACAUUUAAAAACGAUACACUACUUUUAUCUAUGAAAUGUCUUGCACAACUAGCUAAAUGUGUUUUUAUCACGUUACACUUAUUUUGGAAUUCCACCCCUGUAAACAUAAUUUGCCUGAUGAAGCACGAGUGGACAAGGAGUCAACUGGUCCUGUGUGGCUCAGUUGGUAGAGCAUGGCGCUUGCAACGCCAGGGUUGUGGGUUCGAUUCCCACGGGGAACCAGUAUGGAAAAAAGUAUGAAAAAUGUAUGCACUCACUAUUGUAAAUCGCGCUGGAUUAAAGUGUCUGCUAACUGACUAAAAUGUAAAUUUAAUACAAGCACAUUUGUUUCCACGUUUCCUCGCCUCCGCUCCUCGAUUUCCUUUGACCUUUUUUAAAAUCAGGUAAGGAGAGGCUGGCGUUGAGGGGUCGUGCACAUCUAGUUGAGAUUCUCCCCAUGUUGGUUUCCUUGACCUGUUCCUCAGGUUCCUGCAGAAGGAGCUGGAGAAUCUGCGUGACUCAGAGCAGGAGCUGCAGACCCUGCAGCAGGAGGUUGAUGAUGACACCACUGAGGUCAUCCCAUCAGCCAUGUGAGUGGGACUAACAGUCAUACUGAAAUAAUCACUCCAACACAACACCACACAAGCCCACCACACUAAACCCUGAUAGUCGGUGAGCAUUGAUCUCACAUGACAUAAACUGUUCAUUCUGCAGAUACGUGGCCCAGUUGUACCACAAGGUGACCAAGAUCAAGUGGGAGUAUGACACGGAGCCACACAUUCUGAGAGGAGGUAUUUGUCACUGCAUAACUGUUUUUCCAAUACCCUUUGACAACAGUCACAAAUGUGGAAUUCUUGUUUAAUGGCUGGUUGAUGUGGGUUCUGGUUGCGUUAACUAAUGUUUGACUGUACUUUAUACCCUUGCAGUGCACUAUGGAGCUGACCUGGCCACACCCAUCAACAUAGACACCUCUGUGCGGUCUCGGUGUUCAGUCAGUGAUGAGCUGUGGAACUUUGUCGGCACUGAAUGGUAGAAGAGAAAGUUGCCACAUCUGUCCAGUUGUUGUUUGUCCUGUAGUUGGAUUUUCUGUUGUAUUUAUGUAUUGUGUGUUGUAAUACAUUUGUUUUAUACUAAGAUUGUAUUCCUUAUAUUUUGUUAUAAUGAAUAAAGCAGUUUUCCUAAACAUCACAUUCCCUAGAAUACUUAUUUGGAUAGUAACCUAUAAUCCUAGCUUUUAUUUUUUAUCUACUUUCACCAUAGACAUUAUGAUUUUUAUUAAGACAAUAUUUUCUGCCAAUAGGUGUCAUUGCAAGCCCACUGCUUUUUGAUACGGUACUGAAAUUACUGUAUUGAAAAGUUGGGGGCUGCUCACCUUUUUAAUGCAAUAAAUGUCCAAUGUGAAGGUGUGCUUAUGCAACAGACAGUUUUCUGGACUGCAUUGCAACAGUAAAACAAACAUUAACUUUUUUUUGCUAAC